CGCAGGGCAAUCCGUCCCACCGCGACGACAGCCAGCUCCCAGGCUAUCCCUCCUCCUCUCGUUACUUGCUCCAGCAGCGCCAGGGUCCGCCGCGACACCCAAGCUCCCCAAAGGACUGUCUCGUCUUUCUCUCUGGCAUCAAGAACGCUGUUGUGAUUCAAGUGACGUCUCGGACCCAUCGCAUUCUAUUUCCCCUGCGCUCUACUCUGAUCUGCAGCUAUGUGGUGUGAUAACUGUCUGCUAGUCCUGCCUUUGCGUCAUGGCGCUAUGGCCUGGGGCGUUAUUAUGACGUUGUAUAGCAUCGCAGGCGGAAUCUUCAUGUUCGAGUGGGGCAUGUACAUAUUCUUCACGUAUCCCGAAUGGGCCAUCUACGGCGGCAUCGCAAUGGCAAUCGCUGCUGUCUCCCUCAUCAACGUGCUUGCGCUUGCGAACAGAUCCUACAUCUGGACACGCGUGUGCAAGUUCAUUUGGCCCUUUCUCAUCGUGAUCAGCUUGGUUCGCGCUAUCAUCAUGAUCGUCGAACUGCAACGCGGGAAAGCGAAGAUCAACUGGGAGUGUGACAAUGGACAGCAGAUCUGGCCUGCAUCAGAGGAAGCUGGGUAUGGCGGCUCAAGUACCAUGCCCUCUGUCAUAUGCACUGCCGGUUUCCCGACGCUCUGGAUCGUCUUCAUUAUCGCCCUGCUCGUGGACUUUGUCUUCCAGCUGUACAUGUUCUUCAUGACAUGGAGGUACGAGAAGUUGCUGGAGCAUUACAGCAGCAUGAAGCCCUCGAUCGGAGGAUACUACUACAACGCCUAGGAGCCGGAAAUGCGCGUGUCUCGCCGAUGCGGACUCACUUCAUACCCCGAACACUUCUGUUUUGUUCGCUCACCCUUUGUUUGUCGCACUUGGUUCCGGCUUUGCUCUCGUCACGACCCGUCACGACUUACGACCCCGUUACGCCUGACUUAUUGCUAUAUCUGACGACUCGUUAUGACGCUCCGUGCCUAGUGAUUCUAUGCUUCCAGUCUACCUUUCGAUUGAGCGCGCGCUCUGCGAAAGCGGGGCGCUCGCUGGACAAUCAAUAUAACGUUACUGCUCA